GACAGUGACAGUCAGUUAGAGCGAUGGCGUGGAUUCAGCUUCUCCUCUUCUCUUGUCUCUCCUUGACUCCUCUCACUACACUGUCUCACAGUGUACCUGGAGAUGUACCUGGUGAUCAUGAGAGUCCACUUACAAGUAUUUGUGACGGCAUUUACACAGAACUGAGCAACUGCAAUCAGAGACUGUUGGAGAAAACUGAGUACAGCUUUAAUAUCGAGAAAGAUCUGUUUCUUUUGAAGGAUCAGCUGAGGGUGAUCAGAGUCUCGUGUCUAAAUGCCUCUCAGGCGUCCUCACUUCAGAUCGCAGCUCUGCAGAACCAGCUGGACCGUUUCCUAAAGCAGCUCACUAAUAAAACUGCAGGACCUGCUGAAGUCGUGUUAAACAUCCUGCAGGAGUAUGUGGAAGUUCAGAAACUCGAGUUGAGCCUUGUAACUGAGACGGAUCCGAGGAAGAUCGCAGAGAUGAAGAAUCAACUGAAAAAGGCAAGAGCUGAUCUGGAAACACUGAAUGGAAACCUGGGCAAGCUAGAGUGCCAAACAGCAAACAGCCAAAAUAUUGUAAAGCCGGUUAUCAGACUGCAGGAUGAGAUUGUGGAGCUGUACAGGAGGCAGGUUCUGCUGCUGAACACACACACUCAGUUCACAGCUGUUCAGAGACAACUGGAGAAGAAGAAAAGUCUGCUGUCUGACCUGCAGGAGGAGAAGGAGAAAGGAGACGACAGAACCAUCAAUGAGCAGAUUGAUGCAGUGGAGCAGGAGCUGAGCGAGUUACAGGGACAGUUAGACAAUCUGACAAUGACUCUCUCUCAGAAACCAAAGCUGGAGAAGGAGCUGCAGGAGAAGAGAACACAGCUGGAGGACAAACUGGAGCAAUUGAAGAAUGACAGUCAGGAGCUCAUCUCUCAGAUCCUCAGUCUGCAGUUGGAGUUGAGGGUGAGACAGGUGGAAGUUCAGGGAGAGAUUACAGAUGUUGAGAAAGAGCUGAGUGAGAAAUCAGAGAGGAUUGCGCAAUUGCUUGGCCGUAAUCAGUUUUUGGAGAAGAAGCUCGCUGACACACAGGCAGAAUGCAACGACCUUCAGGAAAAUUUCAAUGAAUUAUUAAACAAAGUGGAAGAUUUGACUGGAAAGCUGCCUGAUUUAAACCUGAAGCAGAUUCUGGACAUUGUGUCUCUGAACAUGGGCAUCAACAACCUGGAGGACAGAAUCCGAUCCGAGACGUCCGAGUCCAAGAGAACUGAACUAGAGAAAGAGCUGAGAGAGAAGAAGGAACAACUCGAGUCGAAGAAGAAGGAACUGCUGACCAAUGACGAUCUGAACACCAGAAUAAUUCUGACCAUACUCUCCAAGUUGGAGGAGAUGAGGAAGCUUCAGAGUCAGAUCCUGGAUGGAGACAGUUUGGACCAAAUCAAAGAGAAGAAAGAGGAAGUGCUCGGAUUGCUCUCCGAACUGGACGACUCGAACCUGGCCAAAACCGUGCUGAAGAACUUGGUCUUGCUGUCGGAUGAGACUCACCUAAAGAAACUCAUAUCAAACAUCAAACAGAAGGCGGACAAACAGAUAGCAGAACUGCAGGAGGAAGUGAGGAAGAAGGAGGAGGAGCUGAAGAGGAAAACCACAGAACUGGGAAAGAAGGACAGUGACAUAGCCACACUGACUAAAGAGAUCAGGGAUUUGAGGGAGGAACUGAAGAAUCUCACCAAACAAGUGAGAGACGUGGAGAACACUUCGGCAUCACGGCUCAGAGAACUGGAGAAGCAGCUGAAGGAGACGAGGCAGGAGCUGGAGGAAGGGAACAAGGCUCUGCAGGAGAAGGAUGCAGACUUAGCAAAGAAAGUGAUAAAGAUCACGGAGCUCCUUGAGGAACUGAGACAGACUAAAGAGGAAGCCAACAGGAGAAACCAGGAGGCUGCAAACAGGAUAACAGAUCUGGAGGGAAAACUGAAGAAGCAGGAGGAGGAAAAUAAAAGAUUGCAGGGUGCGCUGACGGAGGCCACAGAGUGCGAUGAUCUCAAAAAAUCUAAUGACGAACUGAAGGCUGAGUUUCAGGAUACAGUUUCGAAGCUGAAUGACACACUCCUUCAUCAAGUGUUUACAAUCCAAACUCUCACCCAGGACGUAAAGUUGCUGGAGGAUAAAUUCAACUCAUCAGAGGGAAACUUCGAUGAGCUGAAUCAGAAACUGCAGGAGAAGAAAGCGGAGCUCGAGGAGGCCAAGAAUAAGAUACAGCAAUGGAAAGCAGAAUCUCUCAAAUUUCUGAAAUUACUGGAGGAGCUGAGAAAGGUGAACAGGAAGCAGCAGGAACACAUCCAGGAGUAUUUAGCUCAGAUUAAACGACUGGAGAAGGACAUGGAGGAGAUGUUGGCUCAACUCUCAGCCACCGGAAACGAGAAAUCUAAACUGGCCAUCCAGGUGAUCUUUCUAAAGGAGGAGGUGUCCCAGUUAAAUAAAGGGCUUGCAGGACUUAAAAAGGAGCACCAGGAGAAGACUGCAGGUUUGGAGGAGGAGAUAGAAGAGAAGAAUAAAGAGAUUGCGUACCUAAAGAGAAGCGGCUGUGAGAAUCAGAUAUCUGAUCUUCAGCGGGAGCUGAGGGCGAAACAGAAGAAGAUGGAACAGCUGAAGAGAGAGAACGCUGCUCAGAUCGGGGAGCUGGAAAAACAUCUCGUUGAGAAGAACCGCAAACUGGAAGAGAGCCGUGAGGAGCUGAAGGAGCGCGACUCGCAGAACGCUGGCCUAAUUGAGCGAUUAGCUGAUCUGAGUGAACAGUUGAACACAGUGGCGGAAGACAACGAGCAAGACAAACAGACAACAAAGAAACGCAUCUCCGAACUUGAAGAGCAGCUGAAGAAAAAGGAGCGGGAACUUUCAGAGCUGAACAGCAAUAACUCAGAUCUUGAAGAGCAGCUGGAGCAAAAGGAGAAGGAACUUUCAAACCUGAAGAACAAUAAUACAGAUGUGAUUGAUGAGAACGAGCGUCUGCGAGAUGAUGUGACGAGACUGAACGAGCGAGUAGACGAGCUGCAGAAUGUGAUUGAUGAGAACGAGCGUCUGCGUGAUCUUGUGACGAGACUGAACGAGCAAGUAAAGGAGCUGGAGAAACAGCCAGUUACGGCGAAACCACCAAAGGACAUCACUGUCUUCUCUCUGGAGUUCGACCCACAGACAGCUCACCGGAGAUUCCAUAUCUCUACUGAUGGACGUACGGCGAGUGGUGCUGAGAUUGCAAGAGAUGUACGUGAUAAUCCGGAGCGCUACGACACGGCGAUCGCUGCCCUCACAAAAACGGGCUUCACCUCAGGGAGGUGCUACUGGGAGGUACAGGUGAAAGACCGUUCAUGCUUCGUGGUGGGCAUAGCGGCUGAAACGGCGCCCCGGAAAGGAGAGAUCAAGUACAAGCCCAAUAAUGGCUACUGGACCAUACUGAGAAAGAAGGAUGGGCGGCACCAGGCACAAACCGAACGGCCCAUUACACUCCGCUUCUCGGACAACCUCUCCGUCAUCGGGGUCCUCACCGACUUCACCAAGGGGGAGGUGACCUUCUACAACGCCCAAACCAGAGCGCUCAUCUACAAUUUCAGAGAGAACAACUUCACAGAGAAGCUGUACCCGUAUGUGGGCACCUGCACCGACGAGAAUCCACAUGAGUCGGCCAUAGAGCUGCUGCAGACUCGCCCGCCACUGUGGCUCAAGGAAUAAUCAAACACACGUCAAUUUCCGCUAAACGCUUCUUUUGAAAAAUGCCCACACGCUUGUAACAGUUGUAUUAUUUCCUAAAGUAAAAAAAUGACUUGCAA